UUUCGUAAAUUGUGUGAUAUAUUUUUGUGUUAUUGUGUGUUAUUCAAUUGAAUGCGUCUUUUAUUUAUUCGAAUGAAUUUUGUUUUGAUGCAAUAUAAAAUUUGUGUCGUACAUUUUGCAUGAAUCGUGAUUAGUUGAUCCGUUGGAUCAAGCCCUCUUUAAAAGCGAUUAACCAAAAGUGCUGAACGCAUCGAAAAAGUGUAUUGAAAAACUUGCUUUUUGAACUAAAUCAAGACGAAAAGUGUAGCAUAUCGCAAAAAACCUGUUUACAAAAGAAACAACGAACAAAAUUUCGAUCAUUUUCGUCUUGGAACAAAAAUAAUAACAUAAUAUAAAAACAGCUAAAUACUAAAGGUACGAUUUUUUCUGAAGAUCAACCGAAACGAGAGGUACAGAGAGAGAGAGAGAAACGAAAAACGGUUAAAUCGCCCGAUUUUGUGCAAUGCUAAUUUCAGUGGAUAGCUAAAUAUGUUGUGUGCAUGAAACAUCGACGCCCGCAGGUGGUUUGCCUGUUGUUUUAUUUCGCUUACAGUGUAAAAUAUCGUGUAAGAAAAGGAAUAUUAUAAAUUCGAUGUAUGUAGUUGUUGUUGUUCUUUUCCUCAAAUUCCGAACAAGUGUUACUAUUGACCCUGUGUGUGACUUUGUGUGCUUGUUAAUGUCUUCUACUUUAAAGCAAAUCGUCAGCAUUAAAAACAAAUACAAAGAAAAUACAAUUGACAUAGACAAAGCUAUUCCAUACUACUGUUUAAUCACACAAACUCAUCGCACAAAAACCAAUUCAUUUUCCAACCAUUUGCGUUCGGUUUAUAUAUUCGGCCUUUGAUGAAGUCCGACGAAGUAAGUGACCAUUUCGAUGCUCGCAGAACACAUACUAUGAGUGAAGUUAUUUAUGCGAUUACAAGCAAUUAAUCGAAGAGUGCUAAAACAAUCAAAACGUGUUCAUUCGUGCGGGAUUCAAAACUAAAAGUAAAUGACAUUGUAUUUGCCUGCUGUUGCUGCUUUUCUACGCAAUUUAUUUGCACAUAUUGGAAUGCAAUUGACUUGCACUUAUGUGUAUGAGUAUGUGUGUGUGUGAACAUCAUUCAUGCCCAUUUGCAACAAGUGUGUUUGUGAAUAGUAAAAACGGAUGUUAGCUGCAACAUUUUUCCAGGAUUAAAUCGAUUUGAACGCGAACAAAUUGCACGGCAUAGUUACAAAAGCUGGCGUUGAAUCAAAAUCAUCCAUAAACAGUAGCGGACCAGUGCAAAGUCAAUCGUCAUCAUAUUUAACGGCCGCAUUGACAAAAUUAUCAUUGAAAUCAUCAUUGAAGACUGAAAGUCCUCCGUACAAAAUGCCACCAGCACCAUUAAAUGAAAGCAGCAGCAAUGCUUAUACAGACGCUCAAAUACCAGGCAUGACACUAAUCAAUGACACUCAACCAAAUGUAUCGUCCGUAUCGUUGCGAACACAUUCAUCUAAAUUUCCGAUUGAACGCGAACUGAUAUUGUCUAGUGACAAGGCAUCAUCAAAAAUUCCAUUAAUGCAUGAGUCGCGCACCCCAUCUGGUGUACGCCGUGCCGGUCUACCACUAUUAUCACGUCAACCGGGCUCCAUUGCACCUGAUCAUCCUCCGAAACAAGUACAUGCAUGGCAAAAUUCGCAGCAUUCAAAUUCGCAAGAGAUAUUGCAACAACAACAUCAGCCGAUCAUUCAACAGACGCAGUCAUCGUUGACUGGUGCUAUAUCACGUACACCGGCCCGUUUGCCGGAAGAUGUGACGGCUUUAGCUGAUCGAGAUAAUGUCGGUCGCGAUAGAGAUGCCAAUAAUAAAAAUGCAGUCACAAAAACCUAUCACACCUUAAAAGAUUUGAUUUCUUCCAAAUUCAAGAAGGACAACAACGAUGUGGCCGAUGAACUUAAUAAUGUUGUAGUUGUGCAACAACAGCAGCAGCAGCAGCAACAACAACAACAAAACCUCUCCCAAAGUAUCGGUAAAUCACCAAAUGAUGAUUUUCGAAUGCCACAUACUCCAAUCCCAUCGCAUAUUCGGCAAAUGCAAAAUUUGAAUCAAUCACAACCAAAUAUUGCGCAAAAAACGAAUGGUGCCGCUGGUGCAAUGAAUGGUAACGGUGUCGGCAGUGAUGUAUUUCGAAAGAUCCAACAAGAACGGGCCGCUUCACAGCCACAACUCAAUUUACCAAUGUUUGAGCGACGCAAUUCAACCGACAUUGUCACCGACAGCGAUGACGGGGGAUUCAAGAAAAUCGAACAAUCCACUAGAAUAGUUAAUCGACGGCCACAAACAAUGUAUCAUUUGUCAACACCACCAACACAACCUCCGCCACAUCCGCCAAUACAACAGCAGCAACAACAACAACCGCAUUACCAGUCAUUUUCAUCCCUAUUUCAACAUCAAUAUUUGAACAAUCAACCAAAUCAAUAUCAACACUCACAUAUGCAUCAACAUCAGUCCCAGGUGAAUAUGCAACCAAAUCAAAAUGUGAAUGCAUUUGCCGGACGAUUUUCCAGCCAAACGGAAAUGUCAACGUCGGCAUUAUUGCAAACCCGUCAAGAUGCACAACGUGCAUCAUUUCAAAAGCGACUACAAGAGAGUGAAUCAACCGGUCCACACGAGACUACGCCACAAAUGUCACAGCAACAACAACAACAGCAGCAGCAGCAGCAGCAGCAACAGCAACAGUCGAAGCUACAGCCGUUACAAAGAAUGGAACCACGUCAAACGCAUGAUGCAAAUAAAAAUGUAUCAGGUUCAGCAAAUAGUUCUGACUACGAUAAAAGCGGAAAUCAAAGUUCAAAUGUUGAUUCGGGUCGUGGUAGUGCCGCAUAUUCAAGCGGUCGCAAAGCACAACUUGAUACAGAAAGUUCGGAUUCACCGUUACGCGAUGAUACAAAAAAUGACGAUUCCGAAUGGGUUGACAUUGUCGAUGCUGAACUUCGACACAUUUUAGAUCCAAGCAUGCAAGCGUUAUCACUUCGACCUGAAAGUACAGUGUCCGGAAGUGUAUCGUCAAUGUCACCACCAUUACCACCAUUGUCACCUGAUAAUAGUUCGUACAAAAUGCCUUCCAAUUCAAAGGAUGUAUCCAAACAAGAAUAUGGAACGGAUAGCUAUAAUCGACCGGGACGCGGAGCAUCGGCAAUUGGACCGUCUCGAGCCGGUUGGCCGGGAUCGGCAAUUCAUAAACAAGGGGUCUCAUAUGGAAAGCCGUCACAAAAGUUCUCAGGAAAAAAGCAUGAACAAGCUGUUCUAAAGCGACACCUUUUUGGUUUGGAUAACGAUCUCACGUCAAAUACGACACGGUCGUUGGAUUUGGAAUCUCUGCUGGGAGCAGCCUGGGGCACGACACAAUCAGUUAGUGACUCCGAAACCGAUACACAGGGCAUUCGACACAUUCGAUCACAACUCGAAGGACUUGAGCAUAUGUAUGGUGAGGUCUUGAAAAUGCUUGGCUCACGAAGUAAUUUUCCAGGGCGUUUGCAAGAGUCAUUACGACCACGAGGUAUUGGUAUUCGCCGUCGUCACGGGAGCUUAUCAUCGCUUCCGUCAAGUUCAAUCAGUGGCCGACCAAUUCGAGAUCGUCGACGAAUUGAUGAACGACGAAAAAUUAAAGAUGUCAAAGGAAUAAAUAAGCGUUUCCAAAGACUUGAAUCACAUGUCGUAACAUUGGCUCGUAGCGUUGCCCAUUUAUCGUCUGAAAUGCGGUCUCAGCAUUUGGUAACCCAAGAACUGGAAAAGCUUCGCGAUGAAUUCGCCACUUUAAGUCGAACUCAAGCGGCUCGUACACAGAAUUUGCAACGCAGCACCGUGUCUGCCAAUAAUAAUACAAUCGAACCAGAACCACCAAAUCUAACAAACCCAAAACGAGUAAAAAAAUUGCGUAACUUCUUUGGUGAAGACCCGCCCCUGAUGAGACUAUUUCUAAGAAGUUUGGGCUAUGAGAAAUAUGCGAAUCUAUUUGAAUCGGAACGAGUGGGAAUGAUAGAACUUCCGUAUUUGGGUGAAGAGCGUUUAUCUAAAAUGGGCAUACCACUCGGUCCUAGAAUGAGAAUUCUGUCGGAAGCACAAAUUUCACUUGUGAGAGACACAACUCUGUGUAUUGUUUAACUUAAUCAAUUUGAUGAAUAUAUAAACAGAGUUGGUGAAAGAGCGAGAGAGUCAACUAAAAUGCAUUUGUAAAUUGUUCAUAUUGUUAUGUUUAAAGAGCAGAAACAUUAAAGUUAUAUUAUGAUAUGUACACUUGUAUAGAUAAUAUGUAUAUUCUUAAGUGCAUCCAUAUUUUAAAUUCACUUAGCUAAAUAGAGGCGGUGGACGUGAGAGAAAGUGAGAAAUAGUGAGACAGAGAGUUAAACGUUUUAACAUUCUUUUCGAAAGGAGUUCAAUUUUUCCAUACGAAUAUAAAUUUAUACAUUUCAUAAUUCGCAUUGCAUCGUCACCAUCAUGAGCAUACAAUCAAGCGCUCUAAACUGUUGCUGGUCUGUCUCUAUCUUGCUCUAUGUGUGUGUGUGUGUGUGUGUGAUGACGACGAUGAUGCAAGCGCGCGUAUUUCAUCUUUCCAAGUGAUAAGUUCGAAAAGACGCCAAACAGUUUCAAGCAAAUUACUUUGUUUGUAUCACUUCUUCUCUCAAACAAAAUAUUUUGAUUGCAAAUUGCAUACAAAUUGUGCACUUGUUUGAAACGAUUUUUUUUUACUUUCUCUCGUCUCAUUUCUUUCUUAUUUUCUUUGUUAAAACAUACGGAAGAGCACAUGCUUGUUUUCUUACAAUUUAGUCUACUAAAAGCAAAUAUAACGCCAACAACAAAAAUAAGCAAAAAAU